AUGCACGGGCGCGCGCGCAGGUGCUCGUGCGGGGCGCACGCGCCGACGCACCCGGAGCACGGCGGGCGGCUGCAGUCGGUGUGGGCGCGCCUCUGCGAGACGGGGCUGGCGGCGCGCACCGAGCGCACGCGCCCGCGCAAGGCCACGCUCGAGGAGCUGCAGGCCGUGCACUCGGAGGCGCACGUGGCGGCCUUCGGCGGCAGGGGCCGCGAGGCGCGCGCGCUGCGCCUCGUGCGGCUCGCGUGCGGCGGCCUGGGCGUCGACGCCGACACGGCCUGGAGCGACGCGCACACGCCGCCCGCCGCGCGCCUCGCCGCCGGCGCCGUGCUCGACCUGGCGCUGCGCACCGCGCGCGGCGACCUGCGCAACGGGUUCGCGGUGGUGCGGCCGCCCGGACAUCACGCGGAGCCCAACCAGGCGAUGGGCUUCUGCUUCUUCAACUCCGUGGCGGUGGCGGCCAAGAUCCUGCACACGCGGCUCGGCCUGCAGAGGAUACUCAUCGUCGAUUGGGACGUGCACCACGGCAACGGCACGCAGCAGAUCUUCUACGAGGACCCGCACGUGCUGUACAUGAGCCUGCACCGGCACGACGACGGCAACUUCUUCCCGGGCACGGGCUCCGUGAGCGAGUGCGGCGCGGGGGCCGGCCUGGGCUACACCGUCAACGUGGCGUGGCCCGGCUCGCCGCCCCUCGCCGACGCGGAGUACCUGGCCGCCUUCCGCUCGCUCAUCAUGCCCAUCGCCAAGGAAUACAACCCGGAGAUCGUGCUGGUGUCGUGCGGCUUCGACGCGGCGGCGGGCCACCCGGCGCCGCUGGGCGGCUACAGCGUGUCCGCCGCCUGCUUCGCGCACAUGACGCGCGAUCUCAUGCAGCUCGCCAACGGCAAGGUGGUGCUGUCGCUGGAGGGCGGCUACGACCUGGCGGCGAUGUGCGACUGCGCGCAGGAGUGCGUGCGCGCGCUGCUGGGCGAGCGGCUGCCCGAGCCGCCGCUGCACGAGCUGGCGCGGGCGCCGGCGCCGCACGCGCUGGCCGCGCUGCGGGCGGCCAUGGCGGCCCAGGCGCCGCACUGGCCCGAGGUGAAGCGCUUCAGCGCGCUGGCCGCCAUGUCGGCGCUCGAGGCGGCGCCCGCCGUCAUGGCCGCGCGCCUCGGCCGCCUGCAGAGCGAGCGCGACGCGGCCGACACCGCCGCCGCCAUGGCCACGCUCUCCGUGCACGCGCCCGCGCCCCUCUGCCUCAGCCGCUCCGCGGAGAGCUCGCGCUCCGGCUCGGAGGAGCCCAUGGAGCAGGACGAGGGCAAG